AUGGCGGAAAAUGACCCCGUUGACAGACCAGACCAGGAAACGCUCACCCAGCAUGGUUCGUCGGACGAUGCGAAGCCUGAGCAAGCAGGCAAUGAAGGGGGUUCGGGACAGCCACCGAAGAAGCGGAGGAGAGUCGUCAAGCCCAACCCCGACAAGAAGUUUGAGUGUAAGCACGAGGGUUGCGGCAAAAGCUACUCUCGUGCCGAACACCUAUACAGACAUCAGCUGAACCAUACACCGAAGACCAUCUACCGCUGCGACUAUCCUGACUGUACCAGGUACUUCGUACGACAGGAUCUCUGCAUCCGGCACCGGGAACGGCAUACGACCCACGGUUCGCAGCUUGCUAAACGAGAUGCCUUUGCACAAUCCACAUCUAACGAUCAGUCAGUCCCCCCAACGCCAUCUCAGAACGGACUCGGUCAACCACAGUCCUACCCUAUGUCUGCACCCAAUGCGCCCAUCCGUCGGGAGAGCCAGUCUGUGAGUGCGCACCAAACCCCCGACACAGACCACUACGGGCAGCAAACACACAUGGCUGGCAACACGGUUCCUCCGUCCCCAGUGGCGAAUGAGCCACGAUAUCAUCCACCGACACCGCAGGCCGUCGUCGCGAGGCCGGAGCCCCAAUUACAUCGUACAAACAGCCUUGGCAGUAACCCUAUGAGCCCGCCUCAAAAGCAUGAGCAGACCGGCUGGUCUUCUGGAGUUCGACGGCAAAGCUUCAACAGCGCAGACUAUCACAGGGAGCAGCCAGCAUAUGCCUCAAUGCAAGCACUCGACAGGAGCUCGGGCCAGAACGUUCCGCCGUCUCCCGUUCGCCAGUAUUCGGGGUCAUCGGCACCCCCAGUUCAACCAGUCAGGUCCAACUCCGACCAUGCUAUGGACAGGAACGGAAUGAAUGGCUACAUGCAGGUCAUCGACAUGGCCUCUGGCCCGCCAUACGUCUCUACAGGCUAUCCCCCGGCCGGUGUAUCUCGCACCGCGGACGCUGCCUUCGCAGCCGCCGUCUCCCACGGACUGACCAGAAGUGAUCAGUACCCAUACGGCAUGGUCAACACCAGUAUGGCAAGCGUGGACAUCAACGGUGGUUUUGGCUUUCCGGUCUUUGGUGGCGAAGAAGUUCCAUAUACUCAGACACCAUUUGCAGUGGCCGACGACUUUACUCAAUGGCUUUUCAAUGACGCUCAUUCUGGUUCGAACGACUUCUCGCCGCCGAACUACAUUCCUGGGUUCAGCGGUCAUGACCAGCAGCAGCCAAUCCAAGGCCCGUACUUCGACCAGAGCCCCUCGUCAUCCAGUAAUAACUACUCGACAGGUGGCAUGCAACACCCAAUGAGUGUGACAAGCAUUCUCGAUUCGACAGCCACAAGCCAGUACAUAAUGUCCGAAGCCAAACGUCACGAGCUGAUUGACCUGAUGCAGAGUCAGUUCUUGGAGCGCCCGCAUGACGCAGUAAAGAAGCGGAAGGACUCCGUUUUCGAAGGCGACAUGGACAGUGAUGGCCACAUACUGAGUCUUCGGAUGAUGCACACCUAUAUCGGAUCAUACUGGUACCAUCAGCAUGCACAACUGCCGAUCUUGCACAAGCCCACCUUUUCCGCGGAUCGAACUCCAAACCUACUCCUACUCAUGGUCAUCGCAAUCGGAGCCGCUACAUUGGACAAGGCGUACGGCACGAAUUUGACCGACUCUGCCGCCGAGUUCGCCAAUUUCGUAGUAUGGCACCUUCGAUGGGAGAUCGUGCGGGAUGUGGAUUUCAGACCUCCGGCAAAGUUAUGGGUUUUUCAGACACUCCUACUCAUCGAGGUUUAUGAAAAGAUGUAUGCAACUCGCGCCCUGCACGAACGAGCGCACAUCCAUCAUGACUCUACUCUGACGCUUAUGCGCCGUGGCAGCUCCUUGUUGGGGCGCUCCGCAUCCGAUUCACCACCCAGCCUGAGGGGAGAGCAGGAUAACGGAAGGAUCUCGGCACCUUUUAAUGGCACCGAAACGUCCAAGUCAGAAGAGUCGUGGCAUCGAUGGAUCACCACAGAGGCUACCCGUCGCGCCGCGUUUGGAGCGUUCGUCCUGGACUCUAUCCACGCGACUAUGUUCGGUCACGCUGCCAAAAUGGUUGCGCAUGAGAUGCGAUUACCACUACCAUGUGACGAAGGUCUGUGGUCGGCUGUGUCUCCCUCAGAGGCUUCUCGGGUUCAAUCAUCCCUGCAAACAAACGGCAUCAAGCCAAUUAUGUUCCUCGAAGGGCUCAAGCGGACACUGAACGGACAAAGAGUGCGCACGAACUCUUUCGGUCGUACCAUCCUCAUGGCAGGGUUGUUGUCGGUCUCGUGGCAUAUGAGCCAGCGAGAUCUACAAAUUUCUUCACUUGGACCUCGUACCGCAAAUUCAUUUGGAGGUCCGGACAAGUGGAAAGGUGUUCUAUUACGUGCCUUUGACAACUGGAAACGAGACUUCGACGAGGCCCUGGCGGAAGCUACCCCUGCCCCCUCUUCACCACUGCGGACCCCUGUUGUGCCGCCGCAUCCGGUCCUGCGGCCAGUGGACGACGAAAACAUCUUCGAGUCAAGGACUGUUCUGCACCAUCUCGCUCAUAUCGCUGCUCAUGUGGACGUUGUCGACUGUCAAGUCUUCGCAGGCGCCAAUCGUUUGCUCGGACGCUCGAUAACGCCAAAGGACUAUAGCGUAGUCCGCGAAAAGAUCGAGCGUUGGGCUACCAAGGCUUCUGCACGGGAUGCGGCAUUUUAUGCGCUCAAAUUCAUCGUCCAAGUACUUAUUCCUCCCGACGGAGAUGGUCUGGAUGGAAUCAGUGGUCGCCUGUAUGGUCACGCCAGCCCUAUCCUGCCACAGGCAUUCGAGCAUAACCAGUACAUUGCUCGAGACGACUUCCUCCUCAACAGGCCGUGGGUGCUCUACAUAUCAGCUCUCGUUGUUUGGUGCUACGGUUUCGCGCUCGAAGGCCCUAUCAAGCCUCCUCCCUCGGAAGCGGAAUUCGCAACUUGGGAGAAGAAAGAGCAAGACAUGCGGCAGUAUCUCGACCGAGUCGCAGGGGUACGGGCUCCAGACGAUCUUGAGAACGUCAAGGGAAAGAACCGAUGCUUGGGCCUUCUGAUGAUCUUGAAAGAGUCUUUCGAGAGCACCAGAUGGGAGCUCACGCACGAGGCAGCCGGCUUGCUCGGCAAUGCCUGUUCCAAACUCCUGGGUAUCGACGAGGACAAGAUCAUCGGUCCCGGCAUUCUUUCAAGAGACGACCCGGCAUAUCCCUCGAACGGCUACUAUUACGGCAACGGCCAUGCUCGAACCGUGUUGCAUCGCGAGGGCGCCCGAGACCAUAUCACCGUCGCCAAUGCCGCUAAAAUCUGA